AUGUUCGGAACGUGGAAGUACGAUCCUGAGACAGAUGAGGUCCAGAGCCUUCGCAAUGGCUUUGACCCUGUCACGGCCCGCUCUAGUUCCCACCAGGCGUGCGAUAGAUGUCAUGAGAAAAAGCUCCGUUGCAGUGGAGACAAGAACGGCUGUGAACGAUGUCGGACCAACAGUCUUCGUUGCGAUUACACUCGCUCGGGCUCCAAGUCGUCAAAGAAGAAGAGUCCCCGCAAAUCCACAGACGACGAGAGCCCUUCAAGCUCCAGUUCUCGACGAGGGGGCAGCUCGUCCAAGCGCUCGAGCAAGAGUCAUGGCCACGGCCGAAUAGCGACCUCGGGCGAGGAAGCAGGAGGUGUGCUGAGCCAGUUCGACUUCUCACAGCUCAGCCCUGAAGAUGGCUUUGACCUGAACCUGCUCUCCAGUGCUGAUUCGAGCGGAGGAGGCUAUGCCACGGCUGGGCCCUCGGGGGAUCAGUACAACAUGCAGGCCUAUGACAGCAACUACCAACAGUGGGAUGCGGCUUCAUACUCGCAGUACUCAGCACAGUACGGCCACAGCUACUCCAAUGAGAGCUAUGGCGACUAUGACCAGACUCAUGGCGCUUACUCACAAGAUCCGCGACAUCACCACAGCGGACGCUGA